UGUUUAUUGUGAGUAGAUGGAGUUCGUCGCGUUUGUGGUACUGAUGGUGUUUCUCGCUCUCGUCGGCGGGUACAUUGUGACCUCGCUGCUGCUGUUGAGGUUUCCGAGCCUCAUCCACAAGAAAAAGAACCUUAAAUUCAGAUGUCGUCACAUAAGUCACCGAGGAGGUGCGGGGGAGAACUUGGAGAACACGAUGGCAGCAUUCAAACAUGCCAUGUCUCUGAACACGGAGAUGCUGGAACUAGACUGUCAUGUGACCCGAGAUGGUCAGGUGGUCGUGUCACAUGAUGAGUCCCUGGAACGAGCAUGCGGCUACAGUGGCAAGAUCUCUGGUAUGGAUUAUAAGGACCUCCCUCCUCUGAAGCCCUGUUUGAACGUGGACUUCAGCUGCUGUCAUGAAAUCCAAGGUGGAGAAGAUCGUCAGAUUCCGCUGCUGAGGGACGUGUUCGAAGCCUUUCCGAACUUAGCCAUCAACAUUGACAUCAAAGUGGACGACGAUGAACUCAUCACAAAGGUGUCGGACCUCGUGCGGGAGUACAAGAGAGAGUCACUCACGGGCUGGGGCAACCGCAGCGACAAGGUGGUGACCAAGUUACACAAACAGAACCCAGACAUCCCGCUGAUAUUCUCCAUGAGGAGGGUGGUGCUGCUCCUCUUCUAUUUCUACUCGGGGUUACUGCCCUUUAUUCCACUGAAGGAAUCGCUGUUCGAGGUGAUCAUGCCAAGCAUCCUGUUAGAUGAAGGCAAGAGCCCCAUGAAACUCUCCAAAAAACAGAGGUUCGCCAUCCGAAUUGUUGAUGCGCUGAUGAUGAGACCACUGCUGUUUAAACACCUGGAGAGACGGGGUAUUCAGACAUAUCUGUGGGUACUGAACACAGAGGACGAGUUUGAGCGAGCGUUUAAACUGGGAGUGCAUGGCGUGAUGACCGACUUCCCUACAAAGUUGACCGAAUUCCUCGAUACCAACCCGCAGUACCGGAAAUAAACUGUCUUUGGCUCUUCCUCCUUGAAACCAGACAAUACCAUCGUCAGCGACGUACAGUCAGUGUGCUUUCUUGGAAAUAUGACCGUGUCUUUCUCUUACUUUGUUUACAGUACCACCGAUCAAUAGUUCAUAAUUUGGAGUCCAAGUAAACAUUUUUAAAACAUGUUUAAAAAGGAAGAGUACAAGAAUUCGAAAAUGGAUUCUAUUAUAAGGGAGGUAACUCUUUGACUUGCUCAGCGUGGCAUGAGUUGUAUGUUUCAUAUAUUUUCAUUAUUUUGUGAGAAAACUGCUUUGCUGUUUUUUUUAUUUGAUGUCAACCACAAACAUAUUUUUAAGGAACAAGUAAUGUCUAUUCCAUGUUUAAGAAACAUUUCUUGUGCUCGUGGUUUUAGGUCAUAUUUUGUCUUUUUUUAAAAACCCUUACAAAUGCAUGCUUAAAUACUGAAACUAAGGAUUAAUCUGCUUUAAGUUAAUUUGUUGUUUGACUUUCCUCAUUGGCUGAAUAAUCAGUAACCAUGGCUACAAGCUUUUAUAUUGGCUGAGUGGACAGGAUGUUGAAUGUUAUGCCACUAAUGGUCAAAUUAGCUGUUGCCAUAGCCAUUGGACUAUUCAUUGGCUGAUCAGUUACCAUGGUGAAAGGCUUUGUUUUCUUCUUGACAGAAAGGGCAUCAAGGCUAGACCACUUGUUUUUUCUUUCUACAUAAAUCAAGCUUAUGUAAAAGUCUGCAGAAGCAAAACAAAGAAACUUCAUAUAUAAAACUAAGUAUACGGAAAUGUCUUUGAUUGAAACUAUGUUUUUGUUUGUAUUUUGGUUUCACUUUUAUUUCAAGAUCAUUAUUUUUUAAAGGAAAUCUGCCCCAAAUGAACUUUGACUUUGUAUUUUUUUAAAACAUGUUUAUGUUUACCCUCUUGCAUGUUUUGUAUUGGACUUAUCAUCUGUGAAAGCAAGAAAACAUUGACAUCCUCUCGAACUGAUUGUAUCUCCAGCUAUUGUGACAAUAGAAGCGUCAUUGUAGUUGUUUGGGCAACCUGUAUUUUCUGUAUGUAUAGUUAUAUAUUUUUGCUUUGAAUAUGUCAAUGAAGUUUGUCCUUUUGAAGAAUCCUUUUGGAUCUUCAAAUCCAGCGGCUGGUCACUGGCCAUUGUGAUUGUAAUGAUAGUGGCUUAAAAAUACUAUAUUUUUUGUGUGAUAUUGUCAGGGUACUCAUUGAUCAUUGUAUGUGAUUGUUGGAGCAGUAAUGUUAGUAGACAGUGUGGUGAUGGACUGUGUAUCUCCCAUGUAUCUGUAAGUGGCAUUUCGACACUGUCUUCAUCUUCGUUGUGAGGUAGGUGGCCCAGUAAGGUCGCGAUGAAUGAUACAUCAACUUUUGUCCUCACAAUGUUAUGGUAGUGAGGGAGUCUUGGUAAUGAGAGAGGGAGAAAUUAAGCAAGUAUAUAAUGUCAGGCAAUGUUUCAUAUAUCAUUUUCUUACCAGAUAGCAUUUCUUACAUCAACUAUCUAUUCUUCUCCCUCAAACUAUAUCUCCAUUAUGAUCCUUGUGUGACACUUCACAGAUCACAGUUUCGUCCAUUGUCAAACUAAGUGACAUUCAUGACAGUCUGUGCCCAAUCAUUUUUGUCUAAAAGUCCAAACUUAUCAUUUUAAGAUUUUCUCACUAGAAUUUCAGACUUUACAGUUUUAUAUUUAGCUGAGCUGACAAGACCAAAAUAUAUUUGACUUGGCUCUUGCAUCAGACUAGUCGCAGACUGUUAGGCAUUAUCUGAAUUGAGAUUCUCUUCCGGUAUUUUGUUCAUGUUUAUCCUUAUGGAGUAGCCGAGUAGCCAAGUAGCUGAGUGUUGAUAUAUUUGAUAUCAAAAGAGGCAAGGGUGAGAUUUUAUUUAGCAUCCAACAUCAUUCUUCCAACUGUUUCAGUUUGUAGACAGUUAUAAGCAGUGUCUUAAUGUAAAAAGUACUG